CAGAAAGCGAGGACGCCCUGAGGGACAGGCCGCCGGGGACGGGCAGCGCGGAGGACGCCCGAGUGGACCUGCAGGGGUCCGACCUGUGGAAGAGGUUCCACGAGAUCGGGACGGAGAUGAUCAUCACCAAGGCCGGACGGCGGAUGUUCCCCGCCAUGCGUGUGAAGAUCACGGGUCUGGACCCCCACCAGCAGUACUACAUCGCCAUGCAGAUCGUCCCCGUGGACAACAAGCGCUACAGGUACGUGUACCACAGCUCCAAGUGGAUGGUAGCGGGGAACGCCGACUCCCCGGUGCCCCCCCGAGUGUACAUCCACCCCGACUCCCCCGCCUCCGGAGAGACGUGGAUGCGUCAGGUGGUCAGCUUCGACAAACUGAAACUGACCAACAACGAGCUGGACGACCAGGGACACAUCAUUUUACACUCGAUGCACAAGUACCAGCCGCGGGUCCACGUGAUCCGCAAGGAGUGUGGAGAGGAGUUAUCCCCAGUGAGAGCCAUCCCCACGGGGGAUGGAACCCACACCUCCGCCUUCCCUGAGACCGUGUUCACCACCGUCACAGCCUAUCAGAACCAACAGAUUACAAGACUGAAAAUCGACAGAAACCCUUUUGCCAAAGGUUUCAGAGACUCUGGCAGAAACCGGAUGGGUCUGGAGGCUUUGGUGGAGUCGUAUGCAUUCUGGCGGCCAUCCCUUCGGACACUCACAUUUGAGGACAUCCCUGGCCUUACCAAGCAAGGGAUCCCAGGAGCUCACGCUGCGAUCGGAGCGUCCUCUCACCUCCUCUCCACAUCCCCAUGCUCCUCACCGUUCCAGGUGUGCCCUCUCAGCCCGCCUGACUACACCUGCAGCCGACCCACACACCAUCUCCAUCGCUAUAGCAACCCCACGGAGCCAUUCCCGCCUCCCAGAGGCCCAUCUGCGUACGAAGCAGAAGGAUUCUGUGCUCUGCCUCUCCCCGCCUCUCAGCUCGGCUACUUAUCCACUGCUCAGGGCUACGCCGGGCUCCGUCUCCACUCGCCGCCUUACGGCCUGUACAGCUACGCAUUCCCUCCCUCGCCGCGCCUCGCAGCCAGCCCUGAUAAAAUGGCCGCCGCUUCCAAUCAUCAGAGUGCUUUCCUCGGCUCGUCUCCCAGCGGGACUCUCACGGACAGUCUGGGUGUCCUCAGUGGUGGACACCAGGGCUUCUUGUUUAACUCGAGGACUUUAGGACUGGCAGAUAGCCACCUGGGAAGUGGAGCCUCACAAGUCACUGCCCACAUGGGCUGAACUGGACUCCAGACAUCUAGGGUUGUCAAGAAAAACCCAAAGACACCCUACCCUGAAAUGGGUGCGUGUUUCUUUUUGUUCAGAAAGUUCUACGAAUGAAUCUUGAUGUGCUGAACACGCAUCCGGCUCAACUGAGGACAAACGAAGAGGACAGACAGAUGUGGCCGUGGCCUCCGUGGACACACGUCGGUUCCUCCUUUGACUGGAGGUUCUUACCAAGCUCGUAUCGCUCCAGUCCGUUCUCCAGGAUGUGCAUGUGCAGCUGCAGCGACAGUCAAAGGAGAGACUUCCUGCAUGUGUGGAUAAAGAGUCAAACUAUGUAACACAGAGCCUGAACUGGAAGUGGAUCUGGGCUGGCCCAGACCCCCAUCAAGCACUCCAGCCAUGACACACAGUACCGUGUGGCCUCCUCUGGACGGGGUGCCUGAACACAACCUUCAGGUUACCUUAUACUACACAUGGUUCUCCAUGGCAUCAACAGCGGGUGAGCUACAGACGGGUGUUAACCAAUAAAACCAUGACACACGCACCGGGAGCCGGUCACAUGGUGACACCAUGGCCACCAGAGACCGGGGGAGGGGUUAAAGCUGUGGUGAAGGAUGGUUCACCUUCAUGUUCUGUUUUUCUGAUGCAGCUUUGGGUUUCAGGCUGAAGAACAUGUCUGUGAGGCUGCACAUGGAGGCAGGUGGUAGGAGCCGUGUGGAGACACAGGGCCGCGUGACCCUAUGACCUAUGACUCUGAAGCACCUGUUGUGCUCUUUGGACCGGGUCAGGGACGCCGACCCUGAAUCUGACCGGAGCGCUUUGCUCACACUAUAUCAGCCCUUAGUCUGAGGACAUGUCCUGUGACCUUUAUGAGCCAAAUAAAAGAUAUAUAUUCAUGUAAAUGUCA